AUGUGGAGGAUGCAGGAAAGCAGGACCGUGUCACCUUUAGGACCGGUCGUCCUGCAACGAGAGGAAGCCGAUAUGCGUGCCGGUCUAUCGCUGCCGCCGCAGGAAAGGAGACCCGUAUUACUCGUACGCACCGGCGAAUCAUUUGCGAGAUACGACAACGUACGGCAACAACAACAGUCACCGUCGAGUCCACCGAUCCUACGAUCCGUCACUGCCGUCGAGAAAGAUCAGUACCAUGAGACAGAUUCGCACAUCAGGGAGAAAAGGUCUAACGACGAAGAGGAGGAAGAGCAGGAUGAGGAGGAAGAGGAUGAGGCUGAAGACGAGCGGAACGCAUCGGGCAGAAGGAACGUUGUUGUCGACGAAGAAGAUGACGAGGAGCAGGAAGAAGAGGAGGAGGAAGAGAGCCAGCCCGAAGGACAUCGAAACGGCGGCUACCACGAGGACGGAGACGUCGAAGUCGACGUGUGCCGGGAGGAUGCUGACGAGAGUAAUCCAAGUAGCCCGGUGGAUCUCACGGCGCCCUCGUCGAGGGGUGUCGCGUCCGAGCAAUUUGUUCAUCCGUUCGCCAACCGCGUACAUUCGUUUACCUGUGUACAAAGUGGUGGCCACGGGCCCGCCGGUCACGGGACACCAGUGUAUAUAUCCGGGCACGGCGCUACCGGCUCCGCCGUCAUGACGGUGUGUACUUCCGGUGGCGUGGCGCGCACUACCACCGGCACGUCGACAGGUAGCAUUACCACGACCGCCACCAGCACGGUGCAGACCAACAACAAGCGGUGCCUCGCAUUCUCCGUCGAGAAUAUCCUCGAUCCGAACAAGUUUACCGGUGGCCGUGUCGUCCAUAAUCGUGUGCACCAUCGUCGACAUCGGCGCGCCGGCAGCGUGCAUGAAGACGGCGACUCGCGAGGCGAAUUCGCCUGCGGCAGCGGCCAAGAAGAUGAGGAAGGUACACCGGAUACCAUCAUGGAGGAAAUGGAAGAAGACGCCGAGGAAGAAGAAGAGGACGAGGACAUUGAAAUGCGAGUCGUGGAUCAAGAUUCUGGCAGCGUCGGACGAGAAAAUACAACCAGCGGCGGCACCAACACGACCACGUCGAACUGCAAGAAACGACAAUCCUCGUCGUCGUCGUCUACAUCAUCGAGCAGCGUUCAGGUACAAAAUUGUCAGGGUCAAAACGGACAAAACGGUACUGGCGGCGGUGGUGGCGGCGGCGGAGGUGGCGGAAGUAAUAGUAAUACCAGUGGUAAACCCAGAAGAGCGCGGACAGCCUUCACAUAUGAACAGCUGGUCAGGUUAGAGAACAAAUUCAAGACGACCAGAUACCUGUCCGUGUGCGAACGUCUGAAUCUGGCGCUUGAGCUGCAGCUGACUGAGACCCAGGUGAAGAUCUGGUUCCAGAACCGGCGAACCAAAUGGAAGAAGCAAAACCCUGGCCUGGACGUAAACAGCCCUACCGUGCCGACGACGCCACCGCAUCCGUCGCCGUACGCACCCGCCUUCCUGUUCGCCGCGCAUCCUCAUCAGCACCCAUUGCCACACUCGCAUACGCAUCCACAUCCGCAUGCUCAUGUACACCACCCGCCGCCAGUGCCACCGCCGCCGCCCGGAUACUACCACCCAGCGGCCCCACCUUACCCGCCGACCGGACCGACCUUCUUCGGCCAUCAUCUGUCGGCGACUCCUGCUGCGACUGCGUCAGGACCGCCGCCGACCUCUACGCCUUCCUCCACCGGCCUGGCUCUUUCGGCUCAUCCGCAUCCGCACACGCAUCCGCACGCGUAGCGAAUUCGGCGAUG